CGCCCGGGUUUUGGCUCGCUCUGCCGCGGGCGGCGGGCGGGUGUCCUUGGCCGGGCGGGGCGGAGCGGAGCGGGCGGCUCGGGGUGCUCGGGGCUCUCGGGGUGCCGCAGCCCAGCCCAGCCCAGCCCAGCCUGGCCAUGCGGGUGCCGCUGCCCGCCCUGCUCGGCGGCUCGGCCCUGCUGCUGCUGCUGCUGCGAUGGCGGCGGCGCCGGGCGCUCUGGAGGAAGGUGGCGGAGGCGCAGGAGCGGCAGGAGCGCAGCCUGGUGCGGAUGGAGGCGGCGGUGCAGCGCUUUCGGGAGCAGCAUCCCUCCGUGAAUGCGGCCUCCAUCCUCUCUCUGCCUUUGCCGGAGCUCUCCAAGAAACUCCGAGAUGGCUCCCUCCCUCCAGACCACGUCUUCUAUGCCUACGUGGGCAAGGCUGUCCAAAUUGCCACAGAAACCAACUGCAUCACGGAGUUCCUGCAGGAAAGCGAGAGCCAGGCCCGCAAAGCCAAGCUGAUGGAGAAGCAAGGUCUGCUCUAUGGGGUGCCUGUCAGCAUCAAAGACUCCAUCGACUGCCAGGGUCAUGAUUCUACGUUGGGAUUCAUAAAGAACCUCAAUAAACCCGCAGCAGAGGACAGCGUGGUGGUGCAGGUGCUCAAGAGACAGGGGGCAAUUCCAUUUGUCAAAACCAAUGUUCCCCAGUCCCUCAUCAGCUAUGACUGCAAGAACUUAAUCUUUGGUCAGACCCGCAACCCGCUGCUGUACACCAGAACCCCCGGAGGCUCCUCUGGUGGAGAGGGAGCACUUGUGGGAGGUGGUGGGUCCAUCUUGGGCAUUGGGACAGAUGUAGGAGGGAGUCUGCGUUUUCCUGCUGCCUUCUGUGGGAUCUGUGCAAUCAAACCCACAGGGAAAAGACUCAGCAAAAGAGGAAUAAUGUCUGGAGUCGUUGGGCAGAAGGCAGUGGCUGCAGCAGUGGGACCACUGGCUAAAGACGUGGAGAGCCUGGCUCUGUGCCUGCGGGCCCUCCUGAGCGAGGACAUGUUCAGCCUGGACAGCACAGUGCCACCCCUCCCCUUCAAUGAAGAGGUGUAUUCCAGCACAGAACCCCUCCGCAUUGGCUACUACGAGACCGAUUUCUUCACCAUGCCCAGCCCGGCCAUGAGGCGCGCCGUGCGCGAGACCAAGGAGCUCCUGGAGGAGGCCGGCCACACGCUGGUGCCCUUUGAACUCACCAAUGUGGACUACGUGAUCUUUAACUACUGUGUCAGGGGAAUGUUCUCAGAUGGAGGCAGCUCCUUUGUGAGGAAAUUCAAAGGGGAGAUGGAGAAAGGCAGCUCGGGGCUGUUCUUCUGGCUGGCAAAGGCACCACACUGGAUGAAAACUCUCCUCUCCUGGAUUUCCAAACCUUUCGCACCUCGAUUGUCAAGUAUCAUAAGAAGUAUGAAAGAAAACACAGUGGAUGAAGUAUGGAGUCUUCAUCAGGAAAUCGAGGACUUUUGCCACCAGUUCCUUUCCCAGUGGAAAAGGCUGAAUCUGGAUGUCAUGCUUUGCCCCAUGCUGGGCCCUGCUCUUGGCAUCGGCUACCCGGGGAAGCUCUCAGUGGCAGUCAGCUACACCAUGCUCUACAACGCCUUGGACUUCCCUGCUGGCGUCGUCCCUGUCACGCUGGCAACGGAUGAGGAUGAGGAGCAGCUGAAGAGCUACAAGGGAUACUACCAGGACUGGUGGGACCGGACCCUGGCCAAGCUGCCACCUCCUACACCGAUUUGUACAGCGUGCUGAACUUCCCUGCUGGGGUGGUGCUGGUCAGCACGGUCACAAGAGCCAACAAAGAAGAACCGAGGGCACUACAGAGACCCCUGGCUGAAAGAGGUCAGCAGGAAAAGAGCUCAAGUCUACAAAUCAGCAGAAUGACACUUCUGGGACAUUGUCCCGAGGCUUGUCUACAUCUCCUAGUGAGAGCAGUGCUCAGCAGCACAGUUUGCAUCCACUGUCUCUGCACCCUGUGGUGCACAGGGCUGGUGUUUGUCAGCCUGGCAGCUGCGCCCUCGCUCCUCUUCCUCUGCCCUCCCUUCCUGCACUGUCCCGUGCCUGCCCUGGUGCCCUGACUCAGCACAGUCCGUGCUUUUUCAGGCUGUGUCAGGAGCUCUGGGGCUGCAGUGACUCUCGUGCACUGCGGGGCUCUGCCUUGGCAGGAGCAGCUGUGCCUGCACUUCGGGAAGGAGGUGGAGACCCUUGCCCAAAGCACAAAGAGAAAUGGGUGAUUCCUGGAGCCAGCCUCCAGUGUGAUGGCUUGUCAUUCCCGGCCCUUCACUCCAGCCACCUGAAGCAAAGUAGAUAGUGAGUUGAAAACUCUGAAUUAAUGUUUUAAUAAAGUGGCACCAAGUUCAGUUUAAAAGUAGUC